AGAAAAAAGAAAAAAAAAAGCUCCAGUCUCCACUCUCUCCAGCAAGCCUCAGCUACUCUCCCCCUCCCCGCCGAUAAACCCUAGCCAGCUCCCCCCCGGACCCGCCGACCUCUCCCCGACGCCGCCGCGCUGUCCACCAGGUUGACUGGCUGCAGUUCUGCAGAGGCACCAUGCCUGCUAGUGACAACCCACAUUCGAUCUCGGAGAAAAAGGCAGCACCGAGGGAGUCACCUAAGCAACCCAAGAAUGAUGUUAAUCAGCAGGCCAGAGCUUCUACAUUUCCUAAAGACAAAGUUGCUGAGACCGUUGGCAUCAAGAGGCCGCAACCUAAUGCCCCCCUGAGUCUAACCAACAAUCAUGUGCCAGGGAAUCCCGGGGCAAAUGGCCAUCUUGUGUAUGUGCGUAGGAAGCUUGAAACAGACCAAAACAAAGGAGGCGCAUCUGCUGGUGCAGAGAGUGCCACUGCUCUAAGCUCAAACAAACCUGCUACUGGUGGACCGCAGGAACAAAGUUUGAAGCUUCAGAACAGUGCACCUCAUGCUCAAUCAGCUCCUGUUUCCACAUCUCCUGCUGCCGUCAAUGCGUCUCAUGCUCAAUCAGCUCCUGUUUCCGCUUCUCCUGCUGCAGCUGCUGCUACCCUCAAUGUGCCUCAUACUCAAUCAGCUCCUGUUUCCAUGCGUCCUCCUGCUGCUACUGCCCCUGCUUCGCACCCUACAAGUUUGCCGGCUCACCUUUCUCUUGCGAAACAGUCUCCAGGAGGAGUGGUUGCUGCUACUGCCCCUGCUUCGCACCCUACAAGUUUGCCAGCUCAUCUUUCUCUUGCGAAACAGUCUCCAGGAGGAGUGGUUGCUGCUACUGCCCCGGCACUGCACCCUGCAACUUUGCCAGCUCACCUUUCUCUUGCGAAACAAUCUCCACGGAUGGCUACUGCCCAACCAAGUGUUGUUGUGACUGCUAGUCCACAGCACCGCAGUGUUGUGUCUACUGCCAUGCCUCAGAACUUUACGGUUGCUAAUACGUCACCUUGUAAAGUCGUGGCUACUAGUACAGCACCUCGUGAUGCUGUGGCUACUGCUACGACACGUAACCCGACUGAUUCCCAAAGAUCAGGGGAUCAAGAUUGGAAAGCGAGGUUUAUUCGGCUGCAGGCAUUCCUGAGAAAUAAUGAGCAAUCAGAGCAGGAAGAAUACAUCCGCACGCUCCAGUCUUUGUCACCUGCUGGCCGGAGCAAGCAUGCCAUUGAGCUGGAGAAACGAGCAGUCAAUCUCUUGAUCGAAGAAGGAAAGGAGCUGCAAAAGAUGAAAUCUCUGAAUGUACUCGGGAAGCUUCCGCCAACCGACCAUCCAUCACUUCCAACUCAGACCACUUUCGGCAUGCGUCUGCCGUUCCAGCCAUUCCCAGCCCGCCGCUGAAGAGCAAAAAAAACCAGACAUGUCACCGCAUAAGGAGUGUUCUGAAGCUUUUAUGAAAUCUCUGAAUGUACUCGGGAAGCUUCCGCCAACCGACCAUCCAUCACUUCCAACUCAGAUCACUUUCGGCAUGCGUCUGCCGUUCCAGCCAUUCCCAGCCCGCCGCUGAAGAGCAAAAAAAACCAGACAUGUCACCGCAUAAGGAUUGUUCUGAAGCUUUCUCAUGACGAAAUCUUGCCACCCGAGUGCUGCAACAUGGUCAGCAUGUUUUUGCAUGUGUGAGAAUAAUCCUUUCAUGCAUAUCUCCAAGACUUGAUGCUAGCUGAACAGACAGGCCCUGUCAUGGUGCCGAGAGCGCAUAAUAGCGGCGCACCUUGCCUGAACUUUGAUGGAUCUAAUCUACUGUAACCAUGAACCCCAUAGGUAGGUAAGACAACUGCUGUUGAACAUGGGGCAUGUGGUUCACAGUCUCCCCUAAUCUCUGACCAGCAUAUUCAACGGGUUGCACUGACGUAGGCUGUGCCAGUAUUA